UCCAUGUUGUUUGAUAAAAAAGUAUUUUGAUUUAUAUUAUAACGCUGUGUCCAUAGGGAAGAAAGCAGAAACAACAAGAUCGAGAAGGUAGAUAGGUAUUUUAGACACUGGCAGUGGGCACACGGCUGUGCGGCUGUAGAUAACUAAUAAUUACAUAGUUUAUGACUUUAUGUUAUUAUACAUCUAUUUAUGUUUUUUAUGGAUUAAAGAGUUAAUUGUAUUAUUUACCCAUACAAUUAUUUUAAUGAAUUAUUGAUUUUUUUCUUUUGUGUUCAUAGUUCAUACUUACUUAAUAUCAUUUAGAUCCAACUAAUUUCAUAUUAUUCAUUGACACCCAUGAUUAUUUUCUUUACUUGCCCUUCAAUACUACAAAUUGUCUUUUUUUACUUCAUGUAGUGUAAUGAAUAAUGGCUUCAUAUUAUGAUGCAGUUUUUCGAAGAAAAAUUACAGAAACUACGAGCACAGAUGAACGGAAUAGACCUAGUGAAAAUAAGAGAGGACGGUGGGAUCAACCAGAUGCCCAAAAUAUUAAUUCUGAUGAUCAAUGGGAACGAAUAGUUGAACGAGCUAGAAAUCUAAGAAAUGAUACACAGUUCAAUGACAUACACGGGGAUAAACCAGCAUCUCUAAUAGACUUGCCAAUUGAUGCAAAUAUUUCUUCUAAUAAACCACCCGUACCGGUUAGAACUUCUCCUUUGUGGAAUGAAAUAAUGCCUCAAUUUAAUCCAUUUAAUUUAAUUAACCCAAUGACCGUAAUGGAUUCUGCAAUGUUCAUGGGACAAUAUGGUGUCAUGGGCGGAAUGCUAACACCCUCUUCAAUGAUUGUUAAUCAUACGACACCAAGAGCACCAGAUUCCAAUGUCAUUCAAACAGACAAACGAAUUAUACAACUAGAACUGUGCACGCUGUACCCACCUCCUUCAAACGCGCCUACACCAACUUCUAGAGAGAGGCCCCCAGGCUGUCGAACCGUAUUUGUUGGAGGUUUACCAGACAGCAUUACUGAAGAUAUAAUGAAAUCAAUUUUUACCAACUAUGGAGAAAUAUUGACAAUUCGUUUAAGUAAUAGAAAAUUUUGUCACAUACGUUUUGAGAAUGAGUGCUCCGUUGAUCUUGCAUUAGAACUCUCAGGAUAUCGAUUAGUGAUGAAAGGGCAAGAGCUUGUAUCUGCAUCACGUUUACAUGUCGAUUAUGCUCAAGCCCGUGAUGAUCAAUAUGAAUGGGAAAUGAAAAAAAGACAUUUAAUGCGUGAAGAAAGGCGUUUACAACAAACUCGAUCAAAUCCUCCUCCAUCUCCUCCAUUAAUACCCCAUUUCACUGAAGCUAAAGCUUUAUCCGUUAGUGAAGAAAUUAAGGCUGAUACAUCAUUUUUAAAUGCUGUACAAGUAGUAAUUACAUGGUUAGAACGAGGAGAUUGUAACAAACGUAAUGUUAAUAUAUUUUAUUCGAUAAUUCAAUCGACCAAUUCUCAUGUACGGCGUUUACUAUCAGAAAAAAACCAAUUUGAAGAAGAACUACAAAAUCUAAAAGACCUUACUAAACGCCGAAUGCAAGCAAUUUUAUUACAAUUCACCCAGAUCGAGAAAGUGUUUACUUCUGCGUCGCACAAGAAGGUUUGGGAUCAUUUCACAAAGGCGCAGCGAAAGAACAUUGAGACAUGGAAGAAGCAGGCAAUGGCUCUAUCCAAAUUGGGUAUUGAUGAUGAAGAUGAAAUGAUUGGCGGGGACGAAAUGGAUCUAUCUGAUGAUGAAAGUAAUUUGAAAAAGACAAAAACAAAAACUGAUCCUAUACAGCUACAGGAUGAAAAUGAUCACCUCAAAUGUGAACUAGAAGCUUAUAAAAAUGAAAUCGGAAUGAUGAAAGCUAGCUUACAAACUUCUGACCAAAAGGAUAUUCAAAUAAAUUAUUUACAACAACAGUUAUUAUCUACUCGACAAGAGUUAAAUGUUCUUACUGAAAAAUGUUCUGAUGCUCAAAAGUCUAAUUCAAGUUCAACUGAUGACCAGUUAAUACCAAACAAUAAAACAAAAGAAACAAACAAUGGAUCAAAUAAUUUUUCUGGUCAUCAAAUAAAAUUACUUGUGCUGAAAAGAAAUUACAUUUUAUACUCAAUCAAGUUAAGAAACAUACUCGGAAGUGACCAGUUUUUGUCAACUAGUGGUUAUGCAACAACAGUCAACCAUUUGAAUAUAGUACACCUGCCAUAUAUAAUGAAUCCAUACUGUGCAAGUUGUCCUCCAAGUCAUAUUGCAAUAUAUUUAAGCAUUCAUCCUUUUGGAAUAAGUGUUGAAAGUAUUGUAAACUAUAUCAAAAAUAUUGAUAAGAAUGUUACUUCUCAACAAGUAGAAAAUCUCCUAGUCAACAACCAAAUAUUAUUUGAAAAUUUCCAACACGAUGAUCCAUCUCUAUGGAAAUUAGUCAAUUUUAGUUAACUAUGAUAUUAUAAAGUACUUGAUUAUUUUCAUUUGUAAUAAUUUGUUCUUUUUACAUUUUUCACUUAACUAGUGUUUUACAUACUUUUUAUGAAAAAGUUGCUUUAUAAUUUGUAAUUUAUUCUUUUGGUUGUUAUCAUUAACUUACUAUCUUCUUUAUUUAAAUUAUUUUUUCACGUUAAUAACAUUUAAUUUGUUAUAAAAACAUAAUACGACUAAUUUAUAUUGUUAUUUAACAUAGUAUGCUAAUAUUAUAACCUUUCUUAAGGUUUUGUAAAAAUUUACUAUUUUUACCGAACAAUUUAUUAUGUUUAUUAAUUACUUUAUAUGAAAUUUAUCAUUUGUUUACUCUUUUAUUCGAUAAAAUUGUAUAAAUUAUAUUUUAAUAUAAGUAGUGUAAUAAACAUCUUGUAGAGUUCAUAAUACAGUUUUGAUU